AUGACUGCUAUACGUAGUGAAGAUGACAAGAUUGUGGAGGAACAAACAAUUCUUCAAAUAUUGAAGGAAGAGAUAUUUGAAUUGCGAUGGCGUGUUCUAGCUGUGGCAUGUUUUCUUACUUUUGGCAGUUAUUAUAUAUUCGAUGUUCCCGGCUCACUGGGCACCGGUGGUGGGGCCACCAUUGAACAACGGUUCAGAAAACACGGAAAGGAGUUCACACAGGAGAUGAAUCAGAUGCUAUAUAGUGUUUACUCAUGGCCAAAUACGGUGUUGGCUAUAUUUGGUGGUCUUCUCAUUGAUAAGUAUCUUGGUAUCCGGGCAGCUAUGCUCUUCUUUACCUUAUUAAUACUUAUUGGUGCGUUUCUAUUCUGGCUAGGUGUUCAUUAUCUUAACUACCCACUUAUGGUUGCGGCUCGUGUUAUAUUUGGUUUGGGCGGUGAGUCACUCUCCGUUUCACAGUCUGCUUAUGUUGCACGUUGGUUCAAAGAUGGUCGUGGAAUGGCAUUGGCGUUUGGUAUCACAAUAAGUUUUUCACGUGUGGGAUCAUCUUUUAAUUUUCUCUUUUCACCUAAAAUUGCACAAGCAAAAGAUGUGGAUACAGCUGUUCUUGUUGGUGUUUUUGCUUGUGGUAUAUCUUUUCUCGCUUGCAUUGUACUUGUUUUUGCUGAUAUGUAUGCUGUUCGAAUUGGAUAUAUUAAACCAGAACCUCGAGAAAUGGGAGGAGGUGGUGCUAUGCGAUUAUCGGAUGCUUUACGAAUGCCAUUAGCGUUUUGGGCUCUUACUGCAGUAUGUGUAUUUUGUUACACGGCUAUAUUUCCAUUUAUUGGAGUGGGCAGAAAUUUUUUUGAGGUAAAGUAUGGUUAUACCCCAGAUAAGGCUUCCAGUUAUAUUUCUGCCUAUCAAUUCGCAUCAGCUGCGGGUUCUCCAGUUAUUGGUUUUAUUGUGGAUGCUGUUGGACGUAAUACAUUAUGGCUUAUCGUAGCGAGUGCUUGUUUUGUUUUAUUACAUGUAUUACUUAUUGUUUCAAUGAUUCCUGGUAUUGUAUUAAUGAUAAUGAUGGGAUUAUUCUACAGUUUUCUCGUAUCAGGUCUUUGGCCUUCUAUUCCUUGGGCUGUUAAUGAAAAUAUUGUAGGAUUCGCUUACGGUAUGAUGACAGCUGUACAAAAUGCUGGAUUGGCUAUUUUUCCUAUCAUUGUAGGAAAAAUACUUGACAUGUAUCAACAAAAUCAUAAUAAUGAAGAUAAUAGUACCAGUAGUAGCCAUAACCAUUUUGAAAGUUACUCUUCAGAUUCAUCUUAUAACAGUAAAGAUGAUCCAAGUUCUCUUCCUUCAUUGAAAGGGUAUCAAAUGACAGAGCUACUUUUUAUUGGCUCAGCUUCUCUCUCUCUUCUCGCAAGCAUCAUUCUUAUUAUCUAUGAUUUGCGUCAUGAGGGCAUUCUCACCGCAUCAAAUAGACGGCGAAAGGAAAUACAGGCAGAGAAGCGUAAUGAUCUCUUACAGUGUCUCCCUGAAGAAGAAAGAGAUCUUCUUUCCCGUCAGCGUGAGUACUAA